AUGUCUACUCACACCAAACCCAUCUCAGCAAGCCAUUCCAACUCAACAACAAGUACCCCGAAACAAAGACAUCUUGCACAUCUAGCGACCAGAUUGGCCGAACUAUCGAUCCAAACCGAUAGACUAGCAAGUCUCUGUAAGAUCCAUGCCCGGCAAUCCACCGAUCAACGCGAGCUGGCAAUCUAUUAUGGUUCCAUGUUGAUGGCUACGACUAGGGUGUUUAACUUAGAUGACACUAAUGAGUCCGAAUCAGAAGAGGAAGGUUCAAGCCCCAACUGA